UUGAAAUUAUCGCUCAGAAAAAAAAUCAUGGCAAACCACUCUGACGAGGCGGCAGCGAAUGCAGAGGCGGCGGCGGCGACUGCUCAGCCGACUGUGAACGAUCAUCUCCUCCAGCAGCAGCCAAUGGAGUUGCAGCUGUUUUGGGCAGCUCAGCUUCAAGAGAUCAAACAGAUAAGAGAUUUUAGGGUCCACAGUCUUCCCAUUUCCCGAGUCAAGAAGAUCAUGAAAUCGGACAAGGAUGUCCAUAUGAUUUCUGCUGAAGCGCCUGUUCUGAUUGCUAAGGCAUGUGAGCUCUUUAUUCAGGAGCUCACCCAUCGUUCCUGGCUUAACGCCCAGGAAUACCAGCGUCGGACUCUGAAAAAGACCGACUUCAUCACGGUGCUUAGGGAGACUGAACUCUUUGAUUUCCUUGUGGACGCCAUUUCUAUGGAUGAGACCGAGGAAGAAGUUACUGGUUUUGUGCCUGGCAUGCUGGGCAACAUACCAAGUCGUAUCCCGUACUGUUACUCACCAAUGGGACCUCCUGCUCCACCCCGGGGGAUCAUGGGAAGGCGUGCUAUGCCUUGGGUUGCACCCUCAGUGCACGUCCCGCCUCCGUUGUACCCGCGGCAGUCCGGUUGGCAUGCUGCUGGCGGUAAUCCCUAUGCUACUGGAGGGAGCAGUGGACAGGGUAACGGUGAUCCUCAGAGUUAAAGAUCAUGUUCUCUGUUGAUCCAAAUGCUCAGUGGCACUGGCACAACGGAAGCUCUUAGUCACUAAUGCUGAAGGUCCUGUCAACUAUGGAUGCUUCUUAUUGCUACUGUCUAUGGUAAAACUACUUUUAAUCAAAUGCUUCCACGUUGUUUCAUUCAUGGCUUCAUUUGGAUUGCUGUAACUGUUAUCUGCCGUUGUUCUUCUAGGGAAGAAAGACUAGUCAAGAAAGAAUUUGAGGAGAUAACAACAGAAACAUUUGCUCCUGCUACAGCAAUACAUGAUGUCCUUGAAUAAUUAUGAGGUAUGAUUUGUUCGAAAUAGAUGAAUCCAUUGGUUAGUAAGAUCUCUUUGUUAUACUUCUUUUCAUCAAAGCAACUGGCUGAUUUCCAUCAACUUUUAUGUAUGCAAACAUUCUGUUAGGUUUCUCUUUGCAAAUAAGAUAUAUUGAUUCUUUGGUUUAUAAUCUAAAGAGGACGAUGUCAUAUGGGAAAAGGAGCACUAAUUUUUUCGUGAAGCAAGACCUGCAUUUGCAUUGUUUUUUUGAGUUAUAAUCCUUUCAUCAUCUGGACACCAUGUGAAGCAGCACUUACAUUACAUUGCUGGUACUAAGUUACAUUUUUUAAUCACCUGACCACCCUGGUCGUUCUUUUCUAGAGAGAUUUAAGGCAUAUUGCUUAGUUGGAGAAUUUAGUCCGCUCGCUGAGAUUCUCUUUGUUUCCCAUUUUCUGUAUUCCUUAUUUCUCUUGUUGAAUCUAGACUUCCUUUAUAUCUGUGCUGAUCAGAUUUUAAUGUUUUGACAUCUGGAUGGAAACAAGUUACUACUGCUUAUGGCCUGAAUCCAGGAGAUUAUUGUCUUUUUCAACUUGUAGAUCAGCGGAACCAUAUACUUUUGAUGUACGCAAAAUCUGAAAGUCCAUAAGUAAGAUGCCAAAAGAACUACUUGGAGCUGUUUACAGUGGCCAGAGUAAUGAAAAAGGAGCUAUAUCAGUUCCUCAUUAAUUGUUUUUGAACACUUAGGAUAUGAUGGCACUAACUCUUGGGAUAUUCGGUGAAUACUUUUUCUUAAUCAAGAUGAUGAAUUUGUUUUUUCUAAUUCA